UAUUUCUUCUUUCCUCUAUAUAACUAAUUUGUUCAUCAUUCAAUUGAUCUCAUCCGAUCCAUACACAUUAGUUUUUCUUUUCAGACAAUUAAUUGAAUCUAUGGCACCAUCUUCUUCUUCUGCGAGUAAUUCACAGUACUGUCCUCGAUGGAAGUACAAUGUCUUUCUAAGUUUCAGAGGAGAUGAUACCCGGAAUAACUUUACAAGUCACUUGAACAAAGGUUUGAAAAAUAGGGGAAUAGCCACCUUUCUAGAUGAUGAAAGACUAGAGGAUGGCGAUUCCAUCUCAGAAGAACUUGUGCAAGCGAUAGAAGAGUCUCAAGUUGCUGUAAUCGUUUUCUCAAAGAAUUAUGCUAAGUCAAGUUGGUGCUUGAAUGAACUAGUGAAGAUUAUGGAAUGCAAGGAGAAAGAAAAUAGACAAACAGUUAUACCGGUCUUCUAUUACGUGGAUCCAUCACAUGUUCGAUACCAAAGUGAGAGCUUUGCAGAAGCAUUUGCCAAAUAUGAAUCGAGGUAUAAGGAUGAUGUUGAGGGGAUGCAGAAGGUUCAAGGAUGGAGGAAUGCCCUAACUGCUGCCGCAGAUCUAAAAGGACACGAUAUUCAUGACGGGAUUAAUCAAUCGAUGAAAAUUGAUCAGAUCGUCGACCACAUCUCUUCCAAAUUUUGCAAGAGUGCUCGUUUUUUAUCUUAUUUGCAAGAUGUUGUGGGAAUAAAUUCUCAUUUAGCGGAACUAAAAUCCCUACUUCAAAUGGAAAUCAAUAAUGUUCGGAUUGUAGGAAUUUGGGGAACAGGCGGAAUUGGUAAAACAACUAUAGCAAAAGCCAUCUUUGAUACUCUAUCUGAUCAAUUUGAAGCAGCUUGUUUUCUUGGGAAUGUUAAAGAAAAUGUAAAAAAGAAUCAAUUGCAUUCUUUACAAAAUACCCUUCUCUCUGAACUGUUAAGAAAAAAAGAUGAUCACGUCAACGAUGAGUAUGUUGGGAAGUGCAUGAUUCAGAGCAGACUUUGUUCUAUGAAGGUGUUGAUUGUGCUUGAUGACAUAGAUCAUGGUGACCAUUUGGAGUAUUUAGCAGGUGAUGUUGGUUGGUUUGGUAACGGAAGCAGAGUUAUUGUAACAACUAGAAAUAGAAAAUUGAUAGAGAAUAAUGAUGCAAUAUAUGAAGUGCCUACACUACCUGAUGAUGAUGCUAUGCAAUUGUUCAAUCAACAUGCUUUCAAAAAAGAAGUUCCAGAUGAGUGUUUUGAGAUGUUCGCGUUGGAGGUAAUAAAUUACGCUAAAGGCCUUCCUUUAGCCCUCAAGGUGUGGGGUUCUAUGUUGCAUAAGAAAGGCGUAGAUAAGUGGAAAAGAAUUGUAGACAAAAUAAAGAAGUCUAAUUCAGAAAUUUUUGAAAAACUCAAAAUAAGUUAUGAUGGGUUGGAGCCCGGAGAGCAAAAGAUAUUUCUUGAUAUCACAUGUUUCUUGCGUUGGCAUGAAAGAAAAGAAGUCAUGCAAAUCCUUGAGAGCUAUGAUUCUGGAGCUGAAUACAUAUUGGAUGUCCUAAUUGACAAAUCCCUUGUGUUCAUCUCUGAAUAUAAUUAUAUUGAAAUGCAUGACUUGAUUCAAGAUAUGGGCAAAUAUAUAGUGAAAAUGCAAAAAGAUUCCGGAAAACCUAGCAGAGUAUGGAAUGUUGAAGAUUUCGAAGAUGUGAUGAUGCACAAUAUGGGAACUAUGGCAGUGGAAGCAAUCUGGUUUACUUGUUUUGAACAACUAAACUUUGAUAAAGAGGUAAUGAAAAAUAUGAAAAUGCUUAGGAUAUUAUGCAUACGCAAUGGAUACGAAUAUAGUAGGAUGACGGCCUCCUUCUUUUCAUCUGACUCCAAUUGCCAUGAUGGCUCCAUUGAGUACCUUUCCAACAACUUGCGUUGGUUUGUCUGGUAUAAUUAUCCUUGGCAGUUAUUGCCAAAAAAUUUUAAUCCCAAAAGGAUCGUUCAUGUUGAUCUCCGAUGGAGUUCAUUGCAUUAUUUAUGGAAUGAAACAAAGCAAUUGCCGUCUCUACGAAGGAUAGAUCUAAGGGGCUCCAAAAGCCUGAAGAGAACACCAGAUUUCAAGGGUAUGCCAAAUUUGGAGUAUUUGAAUCUAGGCCAAUGUACGAGUCUUGAAGAAGUUCAUCCUUCCCUCAAGUAUUGCAAAAAACUCAUUGAGUUAAAUUUGUCUCAUUGUGAAAGCCUUGAGAGGUUUCCAUAUGUUAAUGUGGAAUCUCUUGAAUCAUUGAAGCUAGAGAACUGCUAUAGUUUAGAGAAAUUUCCAGAAAUCCUUGGAAGUAUGAAGCUGGAGUUAUUUAUUAUUCAGCAAUACGCAUGUCAUCUUACAGAGCUAACUCUUUUUGCUAUGAAAAAACUUGUAGUACUUCCAAGCAGCAUUUGUAAGUUGAAAGGUUUGCUGAAGCUAAAUGUGUCGUUCUGCUUUAAACUUAAAAGCUUGCCAGAAGAGAUCGGUGAUUUAGAAAACUUGGAGGAGCUUCGUGCCUCACUGACUCUCAUCUCACAACCUCCGUCCUCCAUCGUCCGGUUGAACAAGCUUAAAUUAUUGGUUUUUGCAAAUUACAGCAAUUUAAUAGAUGGAGGACUUCCGGAAGACAUUGGAUCCUUAUCCACUUUGGAAGACUUGAGUCUCGAGGGUAAUUUUGAGCAUUUGCCUCAAAGCAUAUCCGAACUUGGUGCUCUUCUAUGCUUGAGCUUAUCAGGCCAGAGGCUUACAAAGCUGCCAGAAUUUCCAAAACAGUUAAAAACAAUAUAUGCAGAUUGGACCAAUGAUUCGAUAUGUAAUUCGUUGUUUCAGAAUAUCUCAUUAUUGCAGCAUGACAUCUGUUCUUCACAUUCCUUGUCACUAAGAGUGUUUGUGAGUUUGGGAGAUCAACGUCAGGAUGAUAUCCCAAGUUGGUUCAACUAUCAGGGAAUGGGUGCAAGUGUAUCAGUCAACUUGCCUAAGAAUUGGUAUGUAAGUGAUAACUUCUUGGGAUUUGCUGUUUGUUAUUCUGGCAAAUAUUAUAUUGAUGAUUGCAUCACAGCUCAUUUGAUUCCCGUAUGUGAUGAUGGGAUGUCGUCGAUGACCCAGGAAUUUUCCUUAUCCAACAAUUCAGAAUAUUCUUAUGAAUGGAAUAUUUAUUUUUUGUUGGUACCUUUCGGUAGCUUAUGGGAUGCAUCUAAUGCAAAUGAAAAAACACCAAAUGACUAUGGGUGCAUUAAGUUAGAUUCUAUUGUUCAUGUAGAUGAUUUUAGAGAAACAGAUGAUGAUUUUGGUAAAUUUGGAGUUCGUUUGUUGUAUAAAAAUGAAUCUGAGCUUUGCAUUGGGAUAAGGAAGAGCAGAUAUGAAGAAGAGGCCAGUUGCUCCUCUUCUAAGAAACAAAGGUUACAUAUCAGUAAUCAGCAGUGAGUUUGGGAACAUGUUUUCUGAGAAACAAUUUGGGUAUGCAAAAAUUCAUUCUUUUUAUAUUUCAAAUCACAUUUUCCAUUUCCUGACAAAUAGAUAAAUUGCAGAUGGAUGAAAGAAGCUUUCGAAUCCAAUAAUUUCUCCCCAACCAUCAAGUUCUACUGAAGAAGCAUAGUCUCCAUUGAUAUCUACUGUAAAAUGUUACAUUCUUAUUCAAUUUUAAUAAGUGCAAGAAACACAUCUUAUUAAUCAUCUAUGAAAUUAAUGUAA